AUGGGGACCCCACAAAGACCAUUUUACAGUAUUCUCAAUGAAAAACUUCGUUCUCGAAAUCGAAGACGUGAAUUAACUCCAUGGUUUGCCCAUCUUCGAUUAUUUAUAAAUGCACUUUCAAAACUUCCAAACAGUAAACAUCGAAUUAUUUACAGAGGUGUUAAAUUGGAUUUAGGCUCAGAUUAUUCUAAAGACAUCAAUCGACAUUCAUUUUUUCCCGAACAAAAAGAAGUUCUAUUGUAUUCUACUCGACAAUUCAGAGUUAAUUCAUCGCUCGAUGUUGGCAGUGAACUUCAUAUUAUUCAUCUCGAAGAAAUCGAAUCUCCCUUUCCUCUAAUUCAGAUUCCAUCGGCAAUAGGAAAUUCAGGCCUCGGUUCAAAUAUCAAACAUACAAAGACUUUAUCAACAGCUGAAUAA